AUGACACGCUUCACGAUUACGCUCCCGUUGCUUGCGUCGGUUGUCACGGCCUUGCCAUUCUCGUUCACUUUCAAAUGCCAGCCUCAUACAAAUGGUCUCGGAGAUCGUCUUUCAAGCACACCUGUUGCUGUCCUUGAGCAGCCGGUGACCCCCAUUCAGAUCGGUUCCGGGUCUCGAGCGCCGCCAACUCCUUCUCCGUCACUGGUUAGUCAGGCUGCCCACGAGAACGGUCCCCCUGUACACAGUAGCCUCGGCGGAGGCCAACCCCCAGCGAACCAAGUCCAGCCUAUCCAGGCCUCUCCAGCGCCGGCUCCAAAGACCACAAAGAUCAAAAUUCCGCCUGGCUUCACCACGACCCUUUUCUCGGAUGACUUCUCAGAUCUGGCCCCCGGGUUGCCUCCGUCACCAUCCAAAUGGACCAUCGACACGGGAAAUUCCUACCCCGGAGGACCAAUGAAUUGGGGCACCAACGAGAUCCAGACGUACACGAACUCGCCAUCCAAUCUGGCCAUUACCGAAGCCGGCACCCUGCGCAUCACGCCCACGGGCCCCAGCUAUGGCGUCGACGUGGGCGGGAGGUGGGCCUCGGCGCGCAUCCGGACCAAGCCUGAGCAUGACUUUGCCCCACAGGCGGGCAAGCGGACGCGGAUCGAGGCUCGCUUGCUGGUCGGCGCCGGUAACGCACAGGCAGGCAUCUGGCCAGCGUUUUGGUCCCUUGGGGCUGCCUACCGAGACAACUACCAAAACUGGCCCAGCGUCGGCGAGGUCGACAUCUUUGAGACCGUCAAUGGGUUGCCUUCGGCAUGGCACACGGUUCAUUGCGGGUCUUCAGCCGUCGGCGGACCGUGCAACGAGAGUGCGGGAAUCGGGAGGUCGGUGCCCAUGAGCAGAGGGGAGUUUCAUACCGUCGCAGUCGAGAUUGACCGGACGGGCGGCCGGCAUUGGAGUGAAGAGACACUGCAGUGGUCCAUCGACGGGGCUGUAACUUUUACCUUGGCUGGUGCCCGUGUAGGUGAUGAAAGGGCAUGGACGAGCCUGGCUCACAGCCCGAGAUUUCUAUUGCUUAACGUCGCUGUUGGGGGCGGAUUCCCUGAUGCUGUGGCGAAGACACGAACACCGGCACUGUCGACUAUCGGAGGUGUCGAUGCUGCUUUGGAAGUGGACUAUGUUGCUGUAUUUAGUACAUAA